UUGAUAUACAAUUGUUUGUCUUUGUCACUAAGCAGAAACUGUACGUGGAAAUGGGUUGCAUACAUAUCGUUUAUGUUGUUUCGUUUUAUUUGGUUUUGAUGAUGAAUUCUGUUCUUUCUGCGAAUUGUAAUGAUAAAGAGUGUCCUGGCGUGAUUUCCAUGCCUUUAAUUGAUGGCGUAAAAGCUUCUUUAAAAGCUGAUUUGGAUACCACGGAUUUAAACAAUCAUCUGAAAGCAUACAUUGAACAACACGUAAAGGAAGGUGUACAAGCUGCUAUGAAAGAUGUUAUAAAACAACUUGUUGACGAUGGUUUGGAAGAGGCUAAUGCUAUAAUUAAUGACACAGUUAAGGACCAUCUUAAAGGAAUAGGCGUGACAUAUACAAGAUGGGGGAGAAAGGCUUGCCCUACCGGUGCUGAACUUGUUUACACAGGACAAGCCGGCGGUAGUUAUUUUCAGAACACAGGAGGUGGAAUGAACUAUUUAUGUUUGCCAAAUGAUCCACAGAACGGACAACAUCAGUCAUACAACAACCCCCAACUUUACGGUGUUGAAUAUGAAAUUUAUUCAGAUAUAAAGCCACACGAAUGGCGUACUAUGAGUAAUAUGGAGGUUCCAUGCGCUGUGUGUCACAGUAGCGGCAAAUCAUCCAAAAUAAUAAUCCCAGGAAGACAAACUUGUUAUAGUGACUGGAGUGCCGAAUACAGCGGUUACCUGAUGAGCUCGCAUAAAGGACAUAACGGAAGGAAUGAAUUUGUAUGCGUCGACUUGAAUGCUGAACCAUUCGAUAACAGGUCUUCUGAUGAAAAUGGGGCGCUUCUGUAUCCAAUCAGCACUGCAUGUGGAAGUUUAAGAUGUCCACCGUACACUAAUAGUGCUGAUGUGUUGUGUGUUGUGUGUACAAAAUGAGUCAUAAAAGAUCGAUUAUCAUUCUUUUACUCUUGUUACAAUGUAUGAAGUCCACUCAAACAGUGAGUUGUUGGAACAUACAUCUUUCCUAUAACGCGAGAAUGAAUACGUGUUCAUAGAAUAAUUAAGUUAAAUUCAAAUUAAAUCUUAUUAGAUUA